AUGAACUAUCGCAAUUUGUUGAACGAGUUCCAGGUUCAUGAUGGCAAGCUGGUCUCGAAUCAGUUCGCUUUGCUUCGUCCAAGACCGAAAGCAACCCUGCAAAAGCCCAAGGCGCUUGAAUAUCCCCCUGGAGUCAACAAGGCUGUUUUCCGCAAAGCUGCCCUUCUGCGUUCGAAGCAGUUGGACAUCAGGAGCACCCGUCCAGCCACUCGAGAGGAGGAUGAGCGUCCAGGAGUUGAGGAGAAAGUUGAGGAGGAAGGUAGCCCAAGGAGCAAGCCGGACCCGACCUUGCAAAAAGAGGUUCGAGAAAUAGCGCGAAAUGCAAAGGUGCAGGCAACGCAUGGAUCAAUGGAGUAUCCGCCCAACAGCGGCAACGGUUUGCCCAUUGAUCGUAUCCCUCGAGCAUUGGAAGCCCUAAGCUAUUUGAGCCCAGAUCCAAAGCGCAUCGAGGAUUCCUUGCAAACCCUUCUCUAUCGCAGUUCUGCAGACCAACCGCUAGCUCUGGAUGAGUUUGCUGUGGUGAUUCAUCACUUUGAGGUUCAUCGAGCGCAGCAGAUCAAAGCCCAGUUCAAUCAGCUGGACGAAGAUGGCUCAGGAGCCAUCGACAAAGCAGAGCUGAGAAGAUUAUUGUGGGACACGGGCUAUUCAGUGAACAGGGACACCUUGGAUGAAAUCUUUGAAGAGGUCGACAAGGACAAGUCUGGAUCUGUUGAGCUCAAGGAGUUUGAGCUCGUACUCAAGAUAGUCUACGAUCGCUUUGGUUUUUCAAGAAGCGAGGUCAAGGCCAGCUGGAUUUCGUUGCAGAAGGACAUUCACCCAGAGGUUUGGAUGCUUGUCAAGGCCUUCUACACGCUCUUUGAUCGCUAUGAUGCGGAUUUGUCAGGUGAGCUCUCUGCCGAUGAACUUGCAGGUGCUUUGGGAUGGUGUGGGCACCCCACGAGCAUCGCUGAAGCAAGGGACAUUAUUGAGAGAUACCUGGAGAAGUCCAUCCAGAGCAUCUCCCGGCCGGAGUUCCUCCGCAUCAUGCGCUGCGUGGCCGAAGAGGAGAUCGAAGAAUUCCGGGCUUUGUUUUCUGCCAUGGAUGAUGACGACUCUGGAUUCCUGGACAUGCACGAGUUGUCGGAGCUUUUCUUCAAGUUGGGUUACACCAUACAUUCUUCAGUGAUCGAAGAAGCAGUACAUGGUCUCUUCCCAGCUGGAGUGGAAGAUGGCAUCAUUUUUGAGGACUGCGUCCAUGUGCUGGCUUACAUCCGUUCCAAUGAAGGCUUCUCCAAGGAGGAGGCACAAAAUCUGAAAUCCGUCUUCCGGAAGUUCUGUUCCAAGGGACGUGACGAAUUGAGAGAGUUCGAGCUGACCCGAGCUCUCGGUUGGCCCGGGCCAAAUAUGGAUCUGACGAGUUUAGAUGCUUUAGUUGCUCGACUGAGCUUCGUGGGAGACGGAGGCGCAGCCGAUGCCUUGGCAAUGCCACCCAGCGUGGUCAACGACGACUUCUGUGACUGCGCGGAUGGCAGUGAUGAGCCAGGUACGGAUGCAUGCGCCGGGCAGAGCGAAACGCUCUUCUACUGUGCAAACGUGCAAAGUGAUGCAGCUCUAAUUUACACCUCCCGAGUGAAUGAUGGAGUUUGUGAUUGCUGUGAUGGAAGCGAUGAAUGGGCAGCGGAGCAGCGAGGUCACCGAAGUUGUGUCAACACCUGCGCAGAAGAGGGCCGUACACUGCGGCGACAAAGGGACAGACAGAUUUCGGAGCUUCGCUCCGGAAUAAAGCAGAGGUCCGCGCUGAUUGGCAAAGCCAAGGCAGAGCGGGUGGCCUCGGACCAGGAGCUGCAGAAAUUACGAGAGAAGUUGCCAAUUGUAGAGGCUGAGGAGGAGAAAGCGCGAGAAGCCCUUGCAGCAGCGGAGGCUGCUGUUGAGGAGGAAAAGCGCCUUGCCUCUGCCAACGGCACCGAGCCUGCUGAGGCUCCACAGGAGGCUCCACAGGAGGCCCCACAGGAGGCUCCACAGGAGCCUCCACGAGUUUCAGAUGCCCCGGGCCCAACUUCGGCUGCACUUGAGACGGUGAAAAACACAGCAGAUGCAGAGAAGCUAGUGGUGUCGGAAUACAGCAAAUGGAUGGAUGGCGCGGACAAAGUGUUGGAAGAUAAAGCAGAAGAUGAGUCAGGAGACAAACAGGUGGUCUCUGAGUACAGCAAGUGGAUGGAUGGUGCAGAAAAAGUUUUGGAGGCUGACUCCCAAGAUGCACAGCCUGAUGGGGCCGCAAGCGUCCUAGAGCACACUGCAGUGCCUGAUGAAGAGGAGGAGUCGGGCUUGAUGCGGCUCAAGGCAAAGGUAACAGAUGUUUGGAACUCGCUCAAGGGCUGGGUCUUUGGCAACAAAACUCCUGCAGAGAAGGCCUUAGAAAAGGCAAAGGAGCUGCACAAUGCGGCGAAGAAACAGAUGAGACAUGACAAAGUCAGGAUUGCGGAGCUGGAAGAAAAAUCAAAGUCUGGAGAGGAUGAGCAGGAGUUGGCAUUUUCUGGUUUGAACGAUCGCUGCAUUGAGAAAAGCAUUGGUGAUUACAAAUACAAGAUCUGCUUUUUCAAGGAUGCAAAGCAGGACCACAUCUCGAUUGGACAUUGGAAAGGAUGGUCAUCAUCGACCGCAUCAGGGGGAUCUUUAGUGGGGACUUUUGAAGGUGGCCAGUACUGUCCUGGAGGUCCAGAGCGCAGCCUCACGGUGAAGUUCCGCUGCGGCAACGAAGAGUUGCUAGAGGUUACAGAACCCAGCCGGUGUGCGUACGAGGCUCAGCUGAAGCAUCCGGCAGCUUGCACUCCAGAGAUCUUCACUUCACACCGCUUGAGUGGUGAUUUUAAGCAGGAGACCUCAGCUGCGCAGAUUCUGCUGGCCAAGCUACAGCAUUCCAACGCAGGCCCUAUGGUCCCAGAAGCUGACAUGAAAACCAUGCUCAACAAGAUCGGAUAUUCACCGGCUCCGAACAUCCUAGCUCAGGCUCUUCAGAAACCUGCAGAUUCGUCAGGUGACGGUCACACAGAUGUUCACGGAAUCCUGAACAUUCUUUCGUUCCUUCGCGAAACGCAAGUCAAGAAGUUGAGGCAAAGUGCUGGGCUCUCUGACCAGCAGGUGGCAAAGAUCCGCUCAAAAUUCAGCCUGAAGCUAGAAGCUGGGAAGCGCGUGGAGCCGCAAGAGUUUGAGCGUUUCAUGUAUGAUUUGUUUAAGAACGCCAAGCAUUCGCCGUCAGCGCAAGAGAAGAUUCAGGAGCUGAUUCAGGAGAACUUUGUGGACGGCAGCCUCGGCUUGUCUGAGAUGUUUUGGGUGGUUCGAUUGCCAGGAUCUCAGCGCCUGAAAGUGCUGGAAACAUUUGGCACACACACACACGUAUAUAUAUAUAUAUAUUCUGUAGAUAUGUACAUUUGUAUAUAUAUUUGUACAAGUGUGUAUCUGUAUAUAUACAUAUCUGCACGUAUAUAUAAAAUAUGUAUGCAUGUAUAUAUGUAUAUAUGUGUAUAUGUAUAUAGUAUAUAUGUGUAUGUGUAUGUAAUGUAUGUAUGUAUGUAUGCAUGCAUGCAUGGAUGUAUGUUACGAAAGCCAGCCGAUAGGCUAGGCAAAGUUGUUUUCGCGAACGAAGUGAGUAUAGGGGGUGUGGGGGGUGGACGCUGCCCAGCGAGCCCAAAAUCUCGAUAUUGGGUGGUGGUUAGGGGGGCCAAUUGGAUAUUUUUAGGGGGGCAUGUGCCACUAGGCAAUUUGGUGACGGUGGGGUUCGAUUCUCCCUAG